CGUGCAUCCUCUUCUCCCCCUCUCUGUCACCUCCUCUCUGCCUCUAUGACCGUUCCAUGCCCCGAGCCCUGACACAUCCGCCCACGGUGGACGGCAUUCGGUGCCGAUGAAGGAGCAGCAAGAGAGAGAUCCCCUCACCACAGCGGGAGCGGGUCAGCACGCCUUCACCCACACGCCGUCGACGGCCAACACCCGCCCAUCCACUACGGCAGAAACCACUCCAGUGCUGACCUCGACGAUGUCAUCAGUGAGGCGUGGCGAGGCGGCAGUAGGGAGCAGCAGCAGAAGGAGGGCGGGGCGGGUGAGCGAGAGGUGGGAGGAGCGGGCCAUGACGUUCGGCGAGCAUUAUGUGGUCAAGAACACCUUCAUCCACACCGGACCGGUAGGCGUGCAAAGAUUUGUGGCAUGGGAUGAAUGAGCGUGGCAGGCUGGCUGGCUGGCUGGAUGGAUGGAGGAGGGUGUAUCAACUUGGAUUGGAGAGGCUCAUGUGUACUUAUUAUGUGUGUGUCAUGACACAUGUGUGUUGUUGUCUUCUGUCUGUUCUGUCUGUCUGUCUGUCUCGUGUGUGCAGUUUGCGGCGUCCUGUGGGCGUCGGUCCCGGUCCGCUGACACCUACUACGACCAACCACUCACACACUGUAGGCACCGUACCGCACCAGCCAAAGAUCACCCACCACACCACGCCACACACGUCUCCCCGUCCGUCAGGCGUUCAUCUCACCCCAUCGUCCAACCGGCCGCCAGCCGUCCCCGCGAACGCGUCUUCAGUGCCGCGUGUGUUGCCCACACAGAGUCAUACCAACACCCAUUCGUAUGCGCACCAUCGGCCUGUGAGUCGGGUCGGCCGCAGCAUGAGCUCGCUGGGUGUGGGUGGUGGUGGUAGUGGUGGUAGUGUGUGUGUGGGCGUCAUUGGGGAGGGUGAGGGAUACGGGGCGCAUUCAACUCGAUGCCCAUCGGAGAGCGGGGAGGACGCCAGACACGCCGCGUGAGUGGGGGGGCGGGUGUGGGUGUGGUGCGGUGUGUCGACACGUGUGGAGUGGGUGGAUAGAAGAUCUGUUCUCUCUUUUCUUUUGUGUGUGUGUGGGUGUGGGUGUGCGGCCACAUGGCAUCUCAUCACUCAGGAUACUGUUUGAUGUGUCCCGACAGCCACUGGAGGCCAACAUUCCCAACACGUCAGACAACACAUUCACACGCAAAUGCGACACACGUAUACAGCACACAGCCCUGGUCCUUGCUGAUGGAUGGAUGGAUGGAUGUGUGUGUGUCAGGAUCAGCCUGCGGACGUUGCCACUGAACAUCCCCCUCCCGCCCAACCACCCGCCACCUCCCCCGUACCCGCCGUCCAACGUCCAGUACCUCACACAGCUGUCACAGCCACAGACACAGACGCAGGCACAGGCGCACCCGUCGCCCAUCUCCCCGCCGCCCACUUCGGCACCGCCAGAUAUGUCGUCACUCCAGAUCUACCACGCACAGCAGCAACAAGGUCCGGCCCGCAGACGUGACACACGUGGGGGCGUGGGGUGACUGAUCUCUCUCUCUCUCUCUGUGUGUGUGUGUGUGGGUGUGUGUUUAGCGUCGUCGUCAUCGAAUAUGACCCCGGUGAUUCUGCAGCGUGCCCUGGGGCCGAAUGAGGUGCCGACGGUCACCAUGCCGAUGGCACAGGCGAUGCAGCUCAUCAGCACGGCCCCGCUCCCAUCCCUCCCGCCACACCUGCCCCUGCCCCUCCCUCUGCACAUCGAGACGCCCCCGCCGGACUGCCUCCCGCCGUCGUACGACCUCUCGCCAAUCUCACCCUCACCAGACCCCUCGCCGUCGCAGUCGCCCCCAGCUGCCAGUAGCGUGUCGUGUUCCAUAUCCCUCUCUGCAUCUCCAACGGCGUCAGCCUCGCCCCAGGCAGCGGACAUGGACACCCACAUCCACACCCACGCCCACACGCGCAUCCAUGAGCACAUGUUCCUCGAGCGGAGCUUCAGCGAGGUGCUCAUGGGCAACUGCGGCGGCGGCACCGCCACCAGCACCGAGGCCACCCCCAUGGCCUCCCCCACCGCACAGAGCACCCACUCCUACUCGCCCACCAGUUUUGCCCAGUUUAGCAGCAAGAAGGGCCACCACCACGGCGACAAGGAGAGGGACAGAGAGCACCGAGGAGGGGAGAAGGAGGGCAAGGAGGGCAGGGGGGUGCGCCGGGCCCGAGGUGAUCGCGAGUAUAGAGAGCGCGACCGUGACCGAGGUGAUCGCGAUAGAGACAGGGAGAGGGAGAGGGGCGCUGGGCGGGGGUUGCGGGCGUAUGGCGGCGGCGGCGGCGGGGGGAGGGAGGGCCGGCGUGCCGGCCAUAGAGAUAGAGAUAGAGACAGAGACGGCAGGGAGCACCGAAACAUCAAGUGACAUGGACACACAGCACAGAGACCCACAGAUGGAUGAAUGGAUGGAUGGAUGGAUGUGUGUGUGUGUAUGUUCAGCGGGUCGGAGGAGAUCCGUGAUCGUGACCGCGACCGUGACCGAGGUGACCGCGACCGUGACCGUGUCGGCCACUACCACCCGCAGCCCACCGGCCCCUACCUGGGCGGCAUGACGCACUACCCCGACGACAUCAUCGCCAACACAUUCGACAGUAGCUACAACCAAGACGACACGCCCACCUCAGAGCAGCCGCAGCACUACAGCCACGGCAGCAACCACAGACAGGGCACGCCACCGCCAAAGGUAGCUUAGCUACACCCACAUACCCCUCUCCCUCUCCCUCUCGCUCCCUCCCACUUACAUCCGCUGUGUGUGUCAUCGUGUGUCAUGUGUCAUCCAUCGAUCAGGACGAUUGCAAGACCCCCCAGGAGCACUCCCCCUUCACCGACCAGUUCAACAACCACAGCAGUGUGCGCAUCCUCAAACACCACACCAGCACGAGAAGCAGCAGCGGCAAACCAGACAAGCACUCCACCUACCCCAGCAGCAGCACCAGCAGCGAGAGGCCCGAGAGGGGCGAGAGGGGUGAGCACCGAGACCGUGACCGUGACCGCGACGGCGGCCGGCGCAAGACUUACUCCUUUAGGGGGAUUGGGGGCGGGCGAUGAGGGAGGAUGAGUAGACGCAGCCACCCCACCCACACAGACAGGCAGGCUGCGGGCGGGGCGUACGUGUAGACAGAUAAGGCGGGGGGUCCCGUCGAUCCGUUUUGGACACAUCCAUCCAUCCAUCCCUGCAUUCGAUGGCACGCAUCACAUCACGGGAGUCCCUUUCCCACUCACUCAUCCACGCAGCUUACACACAUCUCUCUCUGUAUGAUAACACAGAGUAAGAAAGAACAUACCGACUCAGAGAGAGAGAGAGAGAGAGAGAGAGGUGGAGUGAGAGAGGGGGAGGGGGGGGAGUGGCGAGAGGGCGAGAGGGCACACACUUGGGUGGCCUGUCCACUUCCCUGCGUGUGUGGGUGGUUUUCCUUGUAACUUCGUGGUUGCUG